AUAUCUGAAGCCAAGUGGCUGGCCAUUAUCUCUCUCAAAAAAUGGCGAUAGCCGCCCUCUCUCCUCCUCCGCUCUCAGCCUCUUUCUCACUCCUCUCUCCGGUGAGAAGCGUCUUCUUUCAUUGUUCAAGGCCCUCAAUUUAUUCUCUUUCAUUAUAUUCUUUUUCUGCUUCUCGACCUAUUCGCCAAUGGAAACCGAAGCUUCAAGAAAUUUUGAGCAGGCGGCCGCAGCCUCUCCGGAGAGUUUCCGGAAUCGAUUCCGGCGUUACUGAAGGCGUUCAAGAGAUAAUUCCUGUGGCUGAUGGUGGAUCGGGUUACAGCGUCGUCUCUGCCCUUCUAUUUACAGCUUUCAUCGGCCUCUCCCUUCUCACAAUCGGGUUGAUCUAUUUAGCCGUGCAAGACUUUCUGCAAAAAAGAGAGAGGGAAAAGUUUGAGAAGGUGGAGGCUGAGAAGAAGAAGAAGGAGGGGAAGAAGAAGAAGAAGGUCAGGGCAAGAGCUGGACCAAGAGGAUUUGGUCAGAAGGUUGAAGAAGAUGAUGAUGAUUAGAGAUUUCGACAACAAUUUUUUCGCAUUUCAGAAGAUAUUGUUCGAAACUUUGAACUGCCAAAAACGUGUACAGGGAACGUCAGGUUGAAGCUUUGUUAGAAAGAGAGUGGAAAAUAUCUCAGGAAAAUUGCAGAUUUUUGUUUGCAGUUCAGCUGCUCUGUAUCUCGUUCUCCUCUUUUGGGAGAAAUUAGCCUAUUUUUUCUUUGCACAAGCUCAUAGCGCACACUCCUGCUCCUUUUAAUUAAUAUAUAUUUAAGAAUAUUUACACAAA